UUAUAUUCGCAAUUUUGAUUUGGGCUAAGUAGUAUACGAACGUAUAUUAAUUUAAUUAAGAAAAAAUAAAAAAUAAAUUGAAUGUAUAUUUGAAAGUUAAUAGUUUUGGACAAUAUGGAAUCGACCAAAUAUUUUGUAUUACUUUACAGUUUUACCGGAGCUCUAAAUGUUAUACUACUAAAAUAUACGGAUAUUCUCAAAGCGGAAUGUAAGGAUGGCCAGUCUCGACCUUUUCAGCAUCCUAUAUUGCAAACAUUUAUAAUGUUUCUGGGUGAAUUACUCUGUUUUGGUGUUUUUAAAUUUGUUUACUUUUUGUUGCAACGACGAGAGGAUGGAUCAGAAAACGAACAUUUGGUUACGAGGGGCGGACGAGAGUUUUCACCGAUUUCCUUAUUACUCCCAGCACUUCUUGACGCCAUUGCUUCAAUUCUUAUGUUUACUGCCUUGUAUUUAACUUACGCAAGCAGUUUUCAAGUGAUAAGAGAGACAUUAAUCAUUUUUAUUGCUAUCUUUAGUUCUAUAUACUUGAAUAAUGUCUUACACUCAAGACAUUGGAUGGGAAUAUUUAUGAUAAGUUGCGGUGUAAUUGCGAUUGUAUCAAUUGAUGCACAACGCGUAUAUUAUGAUAAAGCGUCGUUAUCCUCAAGUGAUGUAAAUGCGAUUUUGACUGGUGAUUUAUUAAUUAUAUGUGCACAAGUGUUCCGAGGAGCGCAAUUUAUUUACGAAGAAAAAUUUGUUAAAGGAGCUGAUAUACCAGCUAUGCAAGCUGUUGGUUGGCAGGGUGUAUUUGGUACAGUAAUAACUCUAUUUUUGGGUAUUUGCAUGAAUUUUAUGCCUACAAAAGCACCAUUUGAUCAAAAUUCUCGAAGCGUUUUUGAUGAUUUUGGUGAUGUUUUGACACAGCUCCACAGCAGACCACUCUUAAUUGCACUAUUGAUGCUAUUUUUUAUUUCGUGUGCCUGCUAUAAUUAUACUGGAAUGAUAUUACUGAAGCAAUCAACCCUUAGUCGACUUUUGGCUGAAGGUCUAAGUAUUUCGUUUGUUUGGAUAAUUGUCUUAUUAUUGGAAUGGGAAUAUUUAAAUAUAGUGAUGCUACUUGGAAUACUAAUUGUUCAGAUUGGCGUUGUUACAUAUCGUAGAGCAGUUUUUUUGGAAUGGUAUCGCUCGCUAGUUUUGCAUAUUGCUCGAAGACGUUACGUAGACUUAACAACUGAACACGGAGAAGCUAAUGCACCUGUAAAUCAUUCUGCAGAUGUUAUAUAAGUUUCUUAUUUUGAAUACUCUUAAAUAAUUUACAUUGUUAUUAUAUAAAAGUAAAGUAUUGCUACUUUAUGGUGUGAUAAAUUGGAAAGUAUAAGGUUGAUUGGAAUAAUAGACAUAUGCUUUAAUACAUAUAAUAUUGAAUUUAAGUUUGUACUUUCAAAUUGAACUGAGUCGAAUAUUGAACUAAAUCGGAAACUAUAUUAAAUGUUUA